AUGUUUUUGAAAACGCUCCUCGUACUUUCCCUGACUGUCCUCACUGGCUCAUGGGCUCUGGAACGGCGAGAGGGUAGCGAGUGUCCUACCCGUGCCCUAGAUCAAGACAUCAACUGUAACAAUACGGCGCCGUUUGCCCGCGAAUGGGUUGGGUGUGAUAUUGUCAGGUCCGAUUCAUGGAAUGCAGAUGUUGCUGCCGGACUUGACUGUGUUCGUGAUCAAUUUUGCGAUAGGCUACCCCCUUUCCAUGCCGUUAUGGCUCUUUGCGAAGCCUGUCUGACGGAAUGUGCACCUUUGUCUGCCGCUGAAAAGAAUAGCAUACGCAACACGAUGUCCAUAUGCACGUUGAGUUAUACCAGCUGGGAUGCCAUGGAGGCAAGCUCAGCACUCGAAUAUGCCAGGACUUUUAUCCCAUCGACCUGGCAAAAGGCGCCAGUAACGGUGACACUAGGUGGCGAAACGCAUAUUAUACACCCGGAUAGUGACUCUACAUCAGAAACGGCCCCCAUCGCCACAAGUGUUACAGCAUCAGCAUCAGCAUCGUCAACAGGCUCAAAUGGGUCCCUUACAAGCGUUGUCACCUCUCGCACAAACAUCGGUUUUAUCCCGCUGCCCACAAAGAAUGCGGCCAUGCACCUUCCCGUGUCUUACCAUGGAGCUAUCUUCGCCUUCGCGGCAAUGCUUUCAUUUUUCUAG